AUGAAGACCGUCGGAGGGGGCAUCGUCGCGAUCAGUCUGGCCCACGCAAUGACGGCUACUGCACAGAACUUGUCCUACGGAGCCGACAACUUCUACCAAAGCAGUGUCGUUACAGUCCAGCCCAUCACCUUCCAGAGUCAAUACAACACGACCGUCGCUGCCAACUUAUUUACCCACAACGACCUCAACCUCACCGCGAACAACUCGGCCAUAGUGGUCGGUCACCCCAUGGGCGCAGUCAAAGAGCAAAGCGCGAAUCUCUAUGCCACAAAGCUUGCUGAACAGGGCUUCGUCACCAUCUCUCUCGACCUUCCCCACUGGGGCGGCAGCGAGGGUACGCCGCGCAACGCCGUGUCAGCUGAGCUCUACGCCGAUGCCUUCAGCGCCGCGGUCGACUACCUAAUCACCCAGGACUUCGUCGACAGCGAACGCAUCGGCGCCCUCGGCAUCUGCGGUAGUGGCUCUUUUGUGAUCAGUGCCGCCAAGAUCGACCCGCGCAUCAAGGCCAUCGCGACCUCGAGCAUGUACGACAUGGGAUCCGCCACCCGCAACGGGCUACGGAAGUCCGUCUCCAUCGAGCAGCGCAAGGAACUCAUAGCCGCAGCGAUCCGACAACGUUCGAUCGAGAAGGGUGGCGGUGAGGUGCAGUACACUGGUGGCACGCCACACGAGAUCACGGAGGAGUCAACUGCGGUCGACCGCGAGUUCUUUGACUAUUACCGUACCCCGCGCGGAGAGUUUACCCCUGAGGGCUCUUCGCCUAACCUGACGACGCACCCCACGCUAUCAAGCGUCACUAAGUUCAUGAACUUUUACCCGUUCAACGACAUCGAGACCAUCUCGCCGCGAGCCUUGCUGUUCGUCUCGGGCGACCAGGCGCACUCGCGUGAAUUCAGCGAGGACGCUUAUGCGCGUGCGGCCGAGCCGAAGGAGCUGAUCUGGAUCCCGGGUGCCGGCCACGUCGAUCUUUACGACCGUGUAGAACUCAUCCCGUUUGCCAAGUUCACGCAGUUCUUCCAGAAGAAUCUGGACGGGAACUGA